GAUGUGGUGCCUCCUCGUGCUGCUCUGCUCCCAGGGAGCUGCCUUUUCAGCAGGGUUCGCAGCACCCUUCACUCUCGGCUCAGAGGGAAGACAGCACAUGAAGCACCGCCAUGCUGAAGACUUUAUGAAUGUUAGCGAAAUGAUCAGAUAUUACGGAUACCCCUGUGAGGAGUAUGAAGUUACCACGAAGGAUGGAUAUAUACUUGGUGUUUUCAGAAUUCCCAGUGGGAGGAACAUGCAAAAUACAGGGAAAAAGCCAGCAGUCUUGCUACACCAUGGUACUUUUGCAGAUUGCACUUACUGGUUAUCCAACCUGCCCAGAAACAGCCUAGGCUUCAUCCUUGCAGAUGUCGGCUAUGAUGUCUGGUUGGGAAACAGCCGAGGAAACACCUGGUCUUCAAAACACAAGACCCUUAAGCCCUGCCAGAAAGAGUUCUGGCAGUUCAGCUUCCAUGAGAUAGGUAUAUACGAUCUCCCAGCUGAGCUGGACUUCAUCAUGAAUAAAACUGGACAGAAGGAUGUAUAUUAUGUUGGUCACUCAGAGGGUUCAACUGCAGGCUUUGUAGCAUUUUCUACAUAUCCUGAGUUGGCUCAAAGGGUUAAAGUGUUCUUUGCUUUGGGACCAGUAGCCACAAUCACAUAUGCUACGAGUCCUUUCGUAAAGUUUGCACGUCUUCCUCAGCCACUGAUCAGGUUACUUCUUGGCUGCAAAGGAGUUCUUCACCAGAACGAACUGACAAAAGGGCCUACAACACUGCUAUGCGCAACUCUGGGAAAACUUUGUGCCAGAAUCUUCUGCUUCAUAGCUGGGGGCAGUAUACAAAAUCUGAACACGAGUCGAACAGAUGCAUUCGUAGCACAUUACCCAGCUGGAACAUCAGUACAGAACACUAUUCACUGGCAUCAGAUAGCACAUGCAGACCGAUUCCAGGCUUAUGACUAUGGCUUGAAGGAAAACAUGAAGAAAUACAACCAGCCUACUCCUCCUGCCUACAACAUAGAGAGGAUAAGCACACCCAUUGCUGUUUGGAGUGGCGGACAAGACAAAUUUGCAGGUCCAAAAGACAUUGCAAAGCUACUUUCUCAGAUUACUAAUCUCUCUUACUAUAAGCACAUUCCUGAGUGGGGACAUCUUGAUUUCGUCUGGGGCCUUGAUGCAACUGAGAGAAUGUAUCGGAAAAUCAUUGAACUAAUGAUAAAAUACGCUUAAAGCUUCAUUCAGGGAGCUCAUUCAUGCAGUAAACCCCCUCAAUUUUCUAUUUAGCAGCAGAAUAUAGGCAUAAGGACUGGUAUUGGGGUUUGUAUUUUCUUGCAUUGUUUUCUGUGGCAUUACAGUAUUUUGGUGACUGGAGUCUCUCUGAGGAAACUGAGGUACAUGGGAAUGACCAGUGAAUAUACAAACAUUAGAAGGCAUGCUUCAGAGGGUGGCUUGCUUUUUUUAAACUGUUACAGGACUGAAUUUGCUAUAACCAGGCUUUUAUUUUCUCUCCCUUGUAUAUCAAUAUUACAUGUUCCACUUGAGACAGAGGUGAUAUCACAUGAAAAUAUAAAAAUUGGAUAUAUUCAUUUCUCUGUUGAAGU